AUGGCUAUUUUGUCCCAGGCCGAGGAGAUCUCUCCUUCAAACCUAGGUCCAGAGUACGUGGGCUUCGACCAUAUCACAUGGUAUGUUGGCAACGCGAAGCAGGCUGCAAGCUACUACGUCACGCGCUUGGGCUUCGAGCAUGUUGCAUACCGGGGCCCCGAGACGGGGUCUCGGAAUAUCGCGUCCUAUGUGGUUUCUAAUCACGGCGCUACCUUUGUCCUUACCUCGCCCGUUCCUGAGAUCCACGCUCAUUUGACCAAACACGGAGACGGAGUCAAAGAUGUCGCGUUCAGGAUUGAUGGUGAUGUCGAGAGUGUCUGGAAGAGAGCGAUCGGCAACGGUGCAACUUCCAUUACGCCGCCCCAGAUUUUAGCAGACGGAGACAGUGGCAGCAUCAGCGUGGCUACUGUAGGGGCGUAUGGAGACACGACGCAUACGCUGAUCAGCCGGCAACACUACUCAGGGCCUUUCCUCCCCGGCUACAAGGUGGUGGUUGAGGAGGAUCCCAUCAAUCGUUUCCUUCCACAGAUCGACUUUAUCGAAAUCGACCAUUGCGUCGGCAAUCAGCCUUCGAACGGUGUCGACUCCAUCGUGAAGUACUACGAAGACUGUUUCGACUUCCACCGGUACUGGACCGUGGACGACUCGAGCAUGUGUGGAGAAUACUCGGCCAUGCGCUCCAUCGUCGUCGCAUCACCCAAUGAAGUGAUCAAGAUGCCCAUGAACGAGCCAGCACCGGGGAAGAAGAAGUCUCAGAUUGAGGAAUUUGUCGACUUCUACAACGAUGCAGGAGUCCAACAUAUCGCCUUCCGAACGCACGAUAUCGUCACGGCCGUCAGCCGACUCCAGCAGCGCGGCAUGUCCUUCCUGCGCGUCCCGGAGGAGUAUUAUAUCGACCUGCGGCGGCGGCUUUCCGAUGGUGGUCCGCGGAUCGCAGAGGAUAUUGAGCGAUUGCGAGAACUGCACAUCCUGGUGGAUUUCGACGAGAAGGGCUACCUGCUCCAGAUCUUCACCAAGCACGUGCUAGACCGACCGACGGUUUUUUUGGAGGUGAUCCAGCGCAACAAUUUCGAUGGGUUCGGCGCCGGGAACUUCCAGAGUCUGUUCGAAGCCUUCGAACGAGAGCAGGCUUUACGGAGGAAUUUGUGAUUGGCAUCAGAUAUAUUGCAUUGCAGUCUGAACAAGAAAUCUCAAUAGAUCAUCAUCGAGAAAGAUCGACAAGGAGGCAGGACAGGUAUUAUUCCGCAGCGUCGGCAAGGAAAAUAGCCGGUGGGCGCGGCGGAAAGGGAGCGCGAGGAAAGAAUUCCGCGGUCGAGGCGUCGUCAUCGAUUGCCCCUAGUACAGUAGCCACUAGGUAUACACAAACAAGCAAGCAAGAAUAGAUGCACCCCCUGCAUACCAAAUCAUACAACAACCUCUUCACAGACAUUCGCAAGUAUCUCGC